ACGGCCUUUCCCAUCUGAGUUUGCGCCAUGACGAGUGCGCACCUUGCAGCAACCGCGUCGGCCGACCUCGCAGCGAUGGAGGCGCUGUACGACGCUCACGGCGCUGCGUUUAUCACGGCCAUCGACCCGGUUUCGGGCGACACGCAUGCCCACGUGAGCGCCCGCGCCGGCCGCGUCUUUCUCUUGCGCUGGCUUUGGCGGCGAGGCCUUGACGUUAGCGUGCAAAACAAGCUCGGGAAUUCGGCGGCCCAUGAAGCGGCGUUGCACGGGCACCUGGCCACCCUGCAGUGGCUCGAGAUGCGCAACGUCAGCCUUCAUCUGCGCAACCACGAGCAUCACUCGGUGAUGCACUACGCUGCUCAUGGCGGGCACGUUGCGCUGCUUGCGUGGCUGGCCAAGAAGGACCCCUCGUUGCUCCUGCACUGCGACAAGCGCGGCAAUGGCGUUGUACACUACGCAGCGAGCAAAGGCUCUGCCGCCACAAUGCAGUGGCUCGCCGACGCCAACGCGCCUCUAAAAGCACGCAACGACAAGGGCCAAACGCUAGUUCACAUUGCGGCGGCGGCCGGCAACGUGGCAGUGCUAGCGUGGUGCGACGACCAUGAUCUCGAUAUGAAUGCGGUCGAUCUCAAAGGGCAAACGCCCGCGCAUCUGGCCGCGCGCCGCUGCAACGUCCAGACUACCAUGUGGCUUGGCGAUCACGGCUGCAACCUCUUUGCUCUGGAUUACGCGGGGUGCUCAGCCCUCGACGUUGCUCGACAGGGCAGCUUGGACACCGCCAACGAGCUGCACGCAUACUUGCGACGCAUCCAAAACUCGAACCAAUUGUGGGUCGACGACGAACACGAACCCACAACGUCAGAACCUCAAGUUCCUUGCAUCCCAUUGGCCAAGAACGAGACGUGUCAUAGCUCGACAAAGUCGCACCAGGCGCAGCUCACCAGCGCGCUGCUCGCACACAACAUUACGGACGCCGAUUUCGCCUUGACGUACUUGGCAAGUCAUUUUCCUGAGACGCUGAGCGGACUCUCCGAGCACUUGGAUUUGGCGCCUGCCGAGCUUGCAAGUACUUUGGCCUCCAUCGCCAAGUGGCGACUGUACCAUCCUCCGCAAGGCGACGAGGAUGACGACAACCAAAUGACCCAUGGAUGACGCGAGCACCGACCACCACCAAGAUGCGUCCUUAGUAGUACUACUUUUUAGAGUCUUCUUAUCAAUUAAACAUCUUUGGUCUAGUGA